AUGUUUUCUAUCGGCUUUGGAGACAACUAUGUGAAAUGGGAGAUGUUUUUCAUAACAAAACAAAAAAUUGUGGGAGAAAAGGAGUUUAGAUUGAUUAUGAGAGAUAAUAAUAUGAAAGAACAACUUAAAUUUUGGUUUUCUAUGCUUGAGGAAAGUAGCAUUCCUCAUGAUCCAAAGUUUAAGUCUAUGCACAACGUAGUGCAUAUUGAUGAAAAAUGGUUUUACAUAUCUAAGAAAUCUCCAAACUAUUAUCUUCUUGCAAAUGAGGUUGACCCAUAUCGUACGUGUAAAAACAAAAAUUACAUUAGUAAAGUCAUGUUUUUAGUUGCAGUUGCUAGGCCUAGAUUUGACAAUGAAGGUAACGAGAUAUUUUCAGGAAAAAUAGGUGUGUUUCCUCUUGUUAAUAAAGUACCGGCAAGAAGGUUAAGUGUUAAUAGAGCAGCAAGGACACUUGAAACCAAACCGAUAACUUCUAUCAAUAAAGAGAUUAGUCAAAUGUUUUUUAUUAAUAAGGUUCUGUCGGCCAUCAAAGAAAAAUGGCCACGAGACCAAGCUUCAGAAACAAUUUACAUACAACAAGAUAAUGCACCUUCCCAUGUCUCUAUGGAUGAUGAAGAAUUUUGUCGAGUAGCUUCGGAAGGCGGUUUUAAUAUCCGUUUAACUUGUCAACCUCCGAAUUCUCCUGACUUGAAUGUUUUGGAUCUGGGUUUUUUUAAUGCCAUUCAGUCCUUGCAACAAAUGGAAGUGACUAAUUCAGCUGAUGAGCUUAUUCAGGCCGUGCAGAAAUCUUAUGACAAUUUUUCUAGCAAAGCUUCGAACAAAAAUUUUCUCACACUUCAAUCGUGUAUGAUUGAAAUCAUGAAGUUAAAAGGAUCCAAUAAUUAUAAAAUUCCUCAUGUAAAAAAAGAUGUCAUGUUUCAUCAAGGAAGACUACCUGUUGAAAUAAAAUGUGAUGGUGAACUAGUUCAUGAAGUUAUGGAGUAUUUAGAGAAUUAG